UUGGCUCCCCUGCUUGACCCAUGUCUGCAACUUGAUGUUGUCAGACAUAGGGACACGAGUGGGGUGGGCAGUUGACACCAUUAUCCGUGGACGAGCGAUGGUGCGAUUUAUUAAAUCGCACGGCGCAGCUCUCGCCCUUUACAAGAAGAAGAGCCCGCGCGUUUCGGUUGUGCAGCUAGUUGAGACUCGCUUCGCAUCAGUUUUCAUGAUGUUGACUUGUCUCCUUGAGAGACGCGACUCACGAGAGGCGAUGUUGCAUGACAACGCCUGGGCGAGUAUCCCGUGGGAGCGGAGACUGCUACCCCAGGCGAGAUGGGUGCGUCUCCAGAUCCGAGAUGGCGAGUUCUGGCGCUAUGUUGAGUUCUUAAUUCUUGUGAUGAAGCCCAUCCAUCAGCUGCUGAGGCGGAUGGACAGAGGAGGGAUGAUGAUGUCCAUCGUCUACGAGUGGAGUCGUCAUCUCGUUCAACUUCUGACGAAGCUGGACGUUGUGCUGGUCGAUCUUCUGACCCCGUGCGUGCGAGAGGUCAGGAUGCGGCUCAUGCAUUUGUUGGAGCCCGCGCACGCUGCCGCUCAUCUCCCAAACCCUCGUCGUCGGUCUUUGAGGUACUAUGCGUCCCUCCACACCACGACGGAGGAUGCGGAGGUUGUACAUGAGUGUGAUUGUUUUCUCCUUGCACAGACUGGAGGUGAUCCCACCAGCAGGGAUUACCUCGUUGUUCGUGACCAGAUGCGUCAAUUCCAUGCGUGCAGUGGAGACUGGGGUGACAGGCUGGUGUCGGAUGCCGAGGCGGAGGGUUGCCAUGGGGAUCAGGAGACGCACCAUUGCGUGGUGUGGUGGUUUGCCCACGGCACUGCCCACCGAGAGUUACGUGCUAUCGCUAUCCGUGUGAUGCACAUGUGGACGUCAGCCUCUCCCGCGAAGAGGAAUUGGGCGGCCCACGAGCGCAUUCAGACAGCAAAGCGGAGCAACCUUGGCUUCGCCAAGUUGGCACAGCAGCAGGGUGGCGGCUAUGUGCUUCCGUGGGUCAUGGAUGGUGUCGACACCGAGAGAUGGCUGCCGGAUGAGGACGAGGAUGGCGGUGACCCUGAGCCUUACGUGUGGGGGGCUAGACCUAUUGGUACGUUCACCGACCGGGAGAUCAGGAGGCAGAUCGAUGUUUUUCACAAGGACGGCACAAGCCGUCCUCGAGAGGUUUCUGCCGUAUUCGGGGAUCGGGCGGCCACUCUGCUCCCUUUCGACCAUGUGCCUCCUCCUCCGUCCCGGGGAGCAGGAGAGGGUUCCGCGGCAGCCGCUGAGGACGGAGAGGACGAUUGGACGGACGCAGAGGAUGUGGAGGGGGGCACAGACAGGACGGCGGAGCAGGUGUACUUCACGUACGGGGGCGGGUCAGACGGGCAUGCUCCGCGGACGUCUGUCAUCACGGACGAUGUCGCCGGCGGGGCACAGGGUAGCGCCACUCGACACCCUCCAGCGGGUCGAGGUCGUGGCGCCGUUGCUCGCGACGUUCACCCCCACGCGAGGAGAGUUCUUGGGGUGGAGUCGAGUGACGAGGACGAGGGCGUGGCACCUCACGCUGACCGCCUGCGAGACCCUCGGUUCGAUCCGAGCCACCACUCCAGGGAGCAUUCAGAGCAGCUUCGUCGGUCACACAGGUUGGCAGAGCGUAGUGUUCCGACGUCCGAGCAACCUCAGGACAUACCGGUCGCAGAGGGGACACCGUCACACAGCGGCCCUGCUCAGGCUGCGACAUCCUCUCUGCGCACCAGCGAUUUCGAUAUCACGGGUUCGCAUGGGGGCUCACCUGUCUUACGAUGCAGAGUCCAUGACAGAGCGGAUUACAGUACGGAUGUGAGGGAGAGGGAGGAGACUGUUGAGGAGAGGGAUGCCCGCUUGGAUCGCGAGGAGGAGGCACGGUUACAGUGCAUGCCUCGAUGGGAGGGCAGAGAGGCGUAUGAGGCCGAGCAGCGGAGGCAGAGGGAGUUAGAGACGAUAGGAGCGGGUCCGCCAUCGAGCAUCAGACGUAUGCCGAUUUCUGACACGAUGCAGCCUCCCUCUGGGCCCUCUCAUGUUGUGGGUGGUGGUGCUGACACAUGCGGAUUGGACGCUAGAGACACAGUAGCGGAGAGCUUCGACGACGACGAGGAGUGUGUGGUCGCCGAGGCUAUCGUAGGCGACGUCGUGAUUGGCAUAUGCGUGGCUGGCAGAGAUGGAGGGACUCAUGGAGGGGAGGAGGGGAUGGUGGACGAGGGCAGUGUGACUUUGCCUCAGGAGGAGUUGGUGGACGAGGGGAGUGUUCCUUUGCCUCAGGAGGAGUUGGACGAGGGCGAUUUGGCUUUGCCUGAGGAGGAGUUGGUGGACGAGGGCCGUGUCCGUUUGGAGGGUAGUGUGCCUUUCGAGGCUUUCGUUGAUGGCGCGACAGAGGAUGACGAGGAGGGAGCAGCGGUCGACGCCGGCCACAGUGCCCCGUCCGUGCGAGAUGGCGUGACCGGAGGGCAUGUUGAGGAGGAGGGAGCAGCCAUCGACAUGUCCCUCGCGAUUAUUGUUAGACCCCCGUCGGUGCGAGAUGUCGAGAGAGGAGGGCAUAUUGACUCGGGCGGGCCGGGCUCUUUCUCUGCAGGUGGGCAGUUUGGGGAGAUGCCUCAGUGGGAUGGCGGGGAACCGGGGGAGUGCACUCCGACCCCAUUACAUCCGGAGCAGCUAGAGAGGUUGGGGACAGAGGACCCUUUCCCGUUCACCGGUGGUCAGCCCUCCCCUCCCCCGUGGGCUCCAGUGAGCCCUAGGUGGACCGGAUCAUCGCAAUCCGACAUCCACGAGCGGGAGUCUUUGGAGAGACAGGCGGCAGUGUUUUCAGGCGGGCCUGGCAGCAGCCAUGCGCAGCCACUGACGCGCCCUGUAUCUCGAGCAUCGCAGCAGGGAUGAGUACCGGCUGCAGGUCUUCCACCGAUUGGAGGUCGAGGCAGCGGGCGGGGAUCUUCUUCGAGUCAUCGAGGUGGCGUUUUA